AUCAACCAAUCGUGAGAGACAGAGUAUCAAAUCGAGUAAUAGGACGGGAGAGGAGAUGGAUCCAGACGCGUUAUCAAAAGCAUUUGUGGAUCAUUACUAUUCAACAUUCGAUACAAACAGAGGUGGAUUGGCUAAUUUGUAUCAGGAUGCAUCCAUGUUGACUUUCGAAGGUCAAAAGAUCCAAGGCUCACAAAACAUCGUUGCUAAACUCACCUCCUUACCUUUCCAGCAGUGUAAACAUACCAUCACCACCGUUGAUUGUCAGCCUUCUGGACCUGCUGGUGGUAUGCUUGUGUUUGUUAGCGGCAAUCUUCAACUCGCCGGUGAACAACACGCUCUUAAGUUCAGUCAGCUGUUCCAUUUGAUGCCAACACCACAAGGAAGCUUUUAUGUGUACAAUGAUGUAUUCCGCUUGAAUUAUGCUUAAAGGAAAAGUGUCAUUCUAGAACCCAAGUGUCUUAGAUUUUGAACCUCAAUUUCGUAAUAUUUCUUGUCAUAUUGAAUGUACUUCUUGAUCUUAAGAUGAUUAAACGUUGUAGGUGCUGCCAGACGUUUGUGCCCUCUAUUAAAAGAAGAGAACUAUGUCUUUCUGCAA